AAGACAGGCGUAACAUCCAUCUAGCGCUAAGGGAAUGGGAGUCCUACACAUGCGUCAAAUUUAUUCCGGCCUCGCCCACAGAUCAAUAUUCUUUGGACAUCAAGGACUCGGACGGAUGUCACUCGUAUGUGGGUAUGAAGCGUAAGCAGCAAAUGGUAGGCCUGGCAAAGCCCUGCAGAAAGAGAAGUAUCAUACUUCACGAGAUCGGUCAUGCUAUCGGGAUGUUCCACGAACAAGCUCGGCCGGACCGCGACGAGUACAUCAGCAUUCUGUACAACCACAUCCUCCCGCCAGUUAGAUUCAACUUCCAAAAAAUUGACCCUGAGCAGACGACUAACUACAGUAUAGCGUACGACUACCUCAGCAUAAUGCAUUAUGGGGAAACAGCGUUUUCCUUUAACAGAUCAGCUAUCACAAUGAAAGCUGGAAAUCCCAGCUUUCAGAAAAAGAUGGGCAAGGCGACGCGUAUAAGUUUCCGCGAUGUUAUGUCCGUCAACAAAAUGUACAAUUGUGCAGGUCACUGUACAGUUAAACCAAACUGCCCAUUCAAAGAAGCCUUUGUUGGUAAAGACUGUCGCUGUUGGUGCCCAACAGACGAAAACGAUCGCGAACCCGCAAAAUUGUGUCCAACUGCACCCCCAGUUGAUCCUCCUAGGAUAAAUAAGACCCAAACCAGCAAUCGCCGACCAAGGCCAAACCAAUCACAAAGAGAAGCAAACGGUGUGCUACUUAAAAUCGCCUUCAAUCCGAACCGACGUCAAAUAUCUAACGGUGCAGCGAGUGCUGUCUUGACUCCCGUAGGCAGAGGUCAUAGCUUCAUUCGGAACCCGUCGGAUCAGGGGGCCCGCAUGGUACCUACUUCCGGCAGUGAAGGAUCUGAAUCGUUAGCUGCAACUUUAUCAAAUCUCCCAUCAUCCAUCAGAAUAGGAUCUCUUGGUGCUAAUGGGGAGCGCCCGGUAAGAAGCAGAAGUAGAAAUAUCCAGUCGAGGAAUCUAGCUUUAGGUAGAAGGACUAAUUUCUUCCGACGUCUACCGUCCCCUCGGUCACAGCGUCCUUCUACCACAGAAUCUGGUAAUCGUCUAGAGCAGCAGCUCGCGAAAGAGUUAAAUAAGCUGAAUGGGGUUAAUUCAGGAACAAUAAGUCGGCCAUCACGACGUACUCCGCUACUGUCGGGAUUAAUGCCCACCCGACAAUCUGGCAGUGACAUGAACUCUCUGGUUAGUAAUGCUGUGAGCGUGUUGACUGGUGGCCGGCGUGGUAACACCAACCGGAAUACGAACGGUGCGGUGGUCUCCUCGCAGACACCAGGAGGGGGAGUGGCAACAUCAGAUCUGAAGCAACUUCUACAGGAGCUCCGUCGACUUAACAACCAGAACCAGAUGUCUACCCAAAAUCCCAUUGUUGGCAAUGUUCGACACACACAUGUUAGGUCCAGACCCAGACACUUAAUGCGAGAAUUAUCCGACCUUAGAUCUCAAACGGGUCCACAACAAAGACCACAUCUCUCAGAAGAACAAAUGUCAUACCUUUUACAAAAGUUUCCAUCCUUUAGUUCCCCGAGUGUUACUCAUACACAUCCUGUAGUUAUGCGACCAUCCUCUGGCCACAAUCGUCAUCAUCAUAAUCAUCAUAAUCAUCAUCAUCACAACGAACACCAACAUAACGGCAUUCUAUCACCCAUCACUAGUAACACACACUUCCAUACUAAUCCCUGAGGACUACAACAAUGUAUGUGUCCUUGAUGGAGCAUAACGUACCGUCACAAGAACUCUUUACUGAGAAUGGCGUACACCUGCAUAUGGCUCCAUCUAGUAUGUGACGACUGGCGAAUGGAUAAACAUCACAUACGGGACAUUUAUCUGAGCAAUUGAAAAAAGAAUAUCAUAUUUGAUCUGUUGGUUUUUAAUCUACAAGCGUUUAUGCAGGAUUAUACACUGAGAUUGACAAUGUAUUAUGGAAAUAUUUUCGCCAUAACCAUCACUAUAAUAAAUGUGACGUCAUUAUUACCAGGAAGUGACUGAAGACGGAGGUUAAUGAAUACCGGAAGUGGCAGCAAUACUCGUACAAUUAUAUAUUCCCUGUGUCACUGUAUAUAAAACUAAUGCAUACAGCUGGCUUUAUACCAAAACGAGGAUGAAUUGUAUGUGAAAUAUUCACACCGGACUAUUGUUCGCUUGUUAAUGUUUCACGUCAUUUCCCAAUAACUUUAGUGAUGGGACAUCAGCUCACAUGAUGUCACUCAGGACUUGUAUGGUAACAGGAUAUGAUAUUACGACAGCCAAUGUGGAUCGAUUUUUCACAUUUGCUGCUCUUCUGAAGAUUUUCGAUAAUCAGAUUUUUUACGUACUGACACUGUUUCGACAUGGUGUCUGUCACAUAAUGCGUAAGUGAUAAUCCGGUGUUAUCAGUGGCCAAAUAUCGAGGUGAGCGCAAGACGCUUGUGACAAUGACUCCAAUUGUCGUACCAAUACCUAAAAUCAUGUGUAACGCUAAAUCCUGAUUUUACGAUGAAAUGGUUUUGUUAAUAUCAAAUUGUUUAUUUACCAAUCAUAUCAUGUUUGUAUAUAAAGUGUAAACAUUGUCAGCUAGUCACAUGUUUAUAAGAAAUUGUAAAUAAAUUGUUAUUAUAUAAUUUGUUAGAUAGACUUUAGAAAAUAUAUUAGGGUAAUUUAUUGUGUAAAUUGUAAUUUAAAGGCCGUCGUCAGGGAUGUCCAAAACUUGACAACUAAACUCUAGUUUACGGGAGUUAGUUAUGACAACUUUAAAUACUGUAAUGGCAGUGUAGUGAAGCAUAAAACACAAAAUAUCAUUGCGAGUGCAGGUCUUUCAAUAAACAAAAUCACUUUGAAAACAAACAGCAUUUUAGACAUAUGUACACAUCAAUAUUGGUCCAAAUAACGACUGCUCGAGCUCCAACCCCUCACUAGAAAUCCUUGGUUGAUUUAAGGUGAUUCUUCUAACUAAUCUCCUCGGUAUACUCCAGAAGGGGCCUUCUGUGGCUACAAAAAGUGUCUCUAUGGAAUGACAGGAUAUAGUCCUAUAAUGGGUUAUGAAUUAUCUAACGAUCAGUCAUCUUUUAUAUGUAAGAUUUCUGAUUGUGAGCGCCUUUAAUCACAUUUCUGAUUGUGAGCGCCUUAAAUCACAUUUAUGAUUGUAGGCGCCUUUAAUCAUAUUCCUGAUUGUGAGCGCCUUAAAUCACAUUUAUGAUUGUAGGCGCCUUUAAUCAUAUUCCUGAUUGUGAGCGCCAUUAAUCACAUUUCUGAUUGUGAGCGCCUUUAAUCAUAUUCCUGAUUGUGAGCGCCAUUAAUCACAUUUCUGAUUGUGAGCGCCUUGAUCACAUUCCUGAUUGUGAGCGCCUUAAAUCACAUUCCUGAUUAUGAGUGCCUUGAUCACAUUCCUGAUUGUGAGUGCCUUUAAUCUCAUUUCUAAUUGUGAGCUCCUUUAGCCACAUUUCUGAUUGUGAGAGCCUUUAAUUAUAUUCCUGAUUGUGAGCGCCUUAAAUCACAUUCCAGAUUGUGAGCGCCUUAUCACAUUCCUGAUUGUGAGCGGCUUUAAUCUAUUCCUGAUUGUGAGCGCCAUUAAUCACAUUUCUGAUUGUGAGAGCCUUGAUCACAUUCCUGAUUGUGAGCGCAUUUAAUCACAUUCCUGAUUGCGAGCGCCUUGAUCAUAUUCCUGAUUGUGAGCGCCUUUCAUCACAUUUCUGAUUGUGAACGCCUUUAAUCACAUUUCUGAUUGUGAGCGCCUUUAAUCAAAUUCCUGAUUGUGAGCGCCUUUAAUCACAUUUCUGAUUGUGAACGCCUUUAAUCACAUUUCUGAUUGUGAGCGCCUUUAAUCACAUUUCUGAUUGUGAACGCCUUUAAUCACAUUUCUGAUAUUUAUAAUAAGUAAAUAUUACUUCUUUUCUGUAGCUCACGUAGUAGGCAUUAUUGACCGCUGUCAGACCUAUACAUAUUUAUAUCUACAUCGGUAUUCGGCAUUGGGACGAUUGUUCAUCAUAUGAAAAUCAUUUUGAUAACUUGUUACUGGUUCUAACACGCUUUUCAUUUGAUAAUUUAUUAUGUUGAUUAUGACUGGCCGACAAAAUAAGGACAAGUUGCGAUUUCUUCAUACUAAUACUAACAAACGACUUAUUUUUCACGAGCAUACUUUGGUAUAAAAGACGAUUUUCGAAGUAAUCGUUAACAGUUUUCAAUACAAAAGCGAGUAACUUCAAAACUGUUGGCCAUCAAUAGCAAUAUUCUUGUUGUUGUCAAUAAAACAGUUUAACACGU